AUGGAAGUGGAAGAACAAAACGGCGGUAUGAUCCUCUCCCCAGAUCAUCCGUUCUUGGCCAAAUACCAAGCCACUCUAUCAGAAUUCCUUCGCGCUAACCUAGCCAAGGUCGAUCUAGACAUAAAGAACCUACAAGUUGCUACGAAAGCCAAGGAAACCGAGUACUUCAACGAUCUCGGUGUAAAGUUGUACGACGCCAAGAAGACAUUCGACCAACGUCGAGACCGACUGAACGACGUUUCUGUCAAACUCGCGACAGCCAUCGAAACUCGCAAACUGAAACAAGAUGCGGUUUCUCAAUUCCGUUCGGAAGUUGCUCGAGCUUCGCAAAUCGUUUCCGAGAACAGAAAGCUCAGUAACGAGCUUGACGACGAGGCGGCUCGUUUGGCAGGCGAUGCCAGAGUUCUUGCCGCGCUUCGCAAAGACGUGGACUUGCAAAUGGACAUUUUGAAGAACGCCGUGCAGAAAACGGAGAAGGACUUGGACUCCAACGAGGAGAUGAAGCAGCGUCAAGACUUGUUCGUUGAUCGUCUCGAGCAAGAAGUGUUGAAACGUGAGAGAAGGAAGGAGUACCUCUUUCAGAAGCUGAAUGAAAGCAAGGAUGAUAUGUCUUCUCUGGAGACUGAACUCAAGCGUUUGAAUGCUGUCGUUGAAGAGAAUAAGAAAGGUGUGGAUGCAGCGGAAACUGGUUGGAGGAAUGCUGUAUCUAAAGCUGCUACUCGUCAAGACAAUUAUGCUAGAUUAAAUGAGAAUCUGAACAAGCUACGAAGUGAAGCAACAGUCACGCAGAAUGCGAUCCUGGCCACUCGUCGUCUAGCCAUGAAGGAAAUGGAAGAGCACGAACGACUCACUGACGUUAAACGGGACUUGGACACACAGAAUGCUCGAGUGAGCGCAGUAAUGUCUCAGCAUUUGCGAGAAAUCGACGAACUGAAUUCGGAAUCCGGAGAAAAACUAAACUUUGCUGGAGAAAUCACGUCUUGUUUGGAAUCUGAAACUGCGCGCAACUCGGCUCUCGUAGUUCAACGGGACGCUGUAUUCGCCGAACUACAAAAGGUCAAAGCGAAGAGGGAGGAAGUUGAGGCGGAAAUUGUGGCCAACUUGCGUGUUUCGGAAGCCGGCAAAAAUGCCGUGAAGCAUUUCAACCGAUUAAAGGCCGAACUUCGCGAUGUUUCGCGCAAUCUUGAAGCUCAAGUCGCCGAUUUGGAGAAUACAAUCGCCGCCGGCGAUUUGGCAAUAGCUAGUGCCAACGUUGAGAUCUCGAAUCUGAAAUCAUCCUUGAAUCUCCAAACGGAAGACGUGAGAAAACGUAGCGAUUGUCUCAAGAGAGUUGUUCGGGAAUUGAAGUCACAGGAUGAUUUGCUUGUCAAAAAGCAUAGUAAAGUUGAUCAAUUGUCAAAGAAACUUGCUGCGCUCACUGGAGCGGUUGAAAUGACGAAAGAAUUGGAGGAAGGGGAGCUACUUCAGCGUUCAAUCAAUGCCCUGAAGGAGGAAGUAAACGAAGCUAGAAAUACGGAAAAACUCAUUCAGAGAACCUGGCUGAAGCUGCAACACGAGUCCCUAGAACUGAAUCGUCGUCGUACGAGUACCGAAAAAGAAAUCUCGGAUCUUGAAGACAAAUCUGCACUGAUGUCUGAAAAAUACUCACACUUGGCCAUCGAGCUGGAAACUGAGCGCCGCGAUGUUCUUUUCAUCCGCAAGACUAUUCGAGAUUUGCGCAACGCAGUCACUCAGUUGACUAAUGAAUUGAGCAAGGUCGAGGAAUCGCGGCUGUCUUUUGAAAGAGAAACCGAAUUGAAAGAGCUGGAGUUGUCCGGCAAAAUGAAAGAAAUCGAUGCGGAGAUUGUCACGAAAAGGAGCGAAAUCCAGGAUGGAUUGCAAGCGCUUGGGGAACUGACGGCGCAGAUUGUGGAAGCUGAAGCCAUCACUUCUGCCUGGGAUCGAAAGUAUCAUAUGUGUAAGGAUUUCAAAGACGUUGCUGCGGAAGAAGACUCGGAAAAUGGUGAAAUGGCGUUGAGAAGAGCAGAGUUGAAUCGUCUGAUCCACGAAGCUGAAAUGAUCCGUCAGCGUCGAGAGCAGUUGACUCAAAAACUGGAGAAUUGCGUCCAUCGCCGUCAGCACCUGUGCGACGAGGCUUCCGCUCGUAGCGUUCAUCCCCCGAAAUCAUUAUCUGCCAUUGCUCGUCGACGAAUCAAAGAACUCGACACAGCUGCUGCAGAAACCCAAAAGAAGGCCAAAGCCGUCGGUGUUCAAAUCCGUAAAUUGAUAUUGAAGCGAGAUUCACUUGAAGCCGAGGCGACGGUGGUCAAGAAGGAAGCUGACAGUUCAAAAUCCGCAGUUCUUGCGCUGAAGACC